CGCUCGCUCAACCCCACAUCCAGGUCACCUUAUCCAAUGGCCACGACAGCGUCAGAGAGUCAUACCGCUAAUCCCGAGACCCGCCAAAACAGCAGUGAAGAAUGGCUUCUCCUUCGAAUCGGGGCGAUACCACGCAACUCGCUUGGAUGGUUUCGGUGUGGCGUGGGGUUUUAUAACAAGAAGGAUUAUUCAAAGGCAAUAGAGUGCUUUGAAAAAGCUGUGGAAUUAGAUCCCAUGAAUUACAAUGCGUUCCAAAUAAUGGCAAGAGCUUGCAUAGCAGUCAAUCGAAAAGACGAUGCCAUAGCCGCAUUAAAGCAAUCUGUGAUGCUCGACAAUCCCUCAGAUUGGCAACUGCUAAUAGAGCUCACUUCAAACAAAGAGUGACCACCAGUCCAAGAACUGUCGUUAACAGACGGUUCGCCAGCAAACGGAUUGCUGUCUAUCAUGGGUGACUGUUUUACGUUACUUAAAAUGACAUACUUGUUUAAUCUUUACGUACGCACGGUGCUAAAUACAAGAAAAAAAAAAAUAGAACUACUAUACAAGACAACUAUAUAUCAGUAUAUCAGUGUCAAAUUAAACGACUAUUACGUAUGUCGACUCAUAUUCCGUUAGCCGCCUG